AGAAGCGGCAGCGGGGGCAGCAGCGGCAGCGGCGGCGGCGGAGACAGCAGGAGACGCCGGGAGCGAGCGCCGGGCUCCAGCACCACCCAUGGCGAAGGAGAAGAAGAGGGCUCUGCUCGAGCUCCUUCAUCGAGACGGCAACCAGCUGUGCGCGGACUGCGGGGCACCUGAUCCCGACUGGGCCUCCUACACCCUUGGAGUGUUCAUUUGCCUGAGCUGCUCAGGAAUACACCGCAACAUCCCCAAUGUCAGCAAAGUGAAGUCGGUCCGUUUGGAUGCUUGGGAUGAAUCGCAGAUAGAGUUUAUGGCCUGCAAUGGAAAUCACACAGGAAGGGCCAAGUAUGAAUCGAAAAUGCCAUCUUUUUACUACAAGCCAACGUUUUCCGACUGUCAACUCCUCCGAGAACAGUGGAUCCGAGCCAAGUAUGAAAGGAAGGAAUUCAUUUACGCGGAGAAGCAAGAGCCCUAUUCUGCAGGAUACCGAGAAGGAUUUCUUUGGAAGCGAGGUCGGGACAACGGGCAGUUCUUAAGCAGGAAGUUUGUAUUGACCGAACGAGAAGGAGCGCUGAAAUACUUCAACAAAAAUGACGCAAAAGAGCCCAAAGCGAUUAUGAAGAUUGAACAUUUAAAUGCCACCUUCCAGCCAGCCAAAAUUGGGAAUCCUCAUGGCCUCCAGAUCACUUACUUGAAGGAUAACAGCACCAGGAAUAUUUUUGUGUAUCAUGAAGACGGCAAGGAAAUUGUGGAUUGGUUCAAUGCCAUCCGGGCAGCCCGAUUUCAUUACUUACAAGUGGCAUUUCCUGGGGCCAGCGAUAUUGAUCUCGUGCCAAAGCUGUCCAGAAACUACCUGAAGGAAGGCUACAUGGAGAAAACAGGACCAAAGCAAACUGAAGGCUUCAAGAAACGCUGGUUCACCAUGGAUGACAGGCGGCUCAUGUAUUUCAAAGACCCUCUGGACGCCUUUGCCAGAGGGGAGGUUUUCAUUGGCAGUAAGGAGAACAGCUACACGGUUCUGGAGGGCCUUCCCCCUUCCACCCAGGGCCACCACUGGCAGCACGGCAUCACCAUUGUCACCCCCGACCGAAAGUUCCUCUUUGCCUGUGAGACAGAAGGGGACCAGCGGGAAUGGAUCGCAGCCUUUCAGAAAGUGAUUAACAGGCCAAUGCUGCCUCAAGAGUAUGCAGUGGAAGCCCAUUUCAAACAUAAACCUUAAAGAGAGAUUGACUUUGAGGGAUCCAAGGACACAAGAUUCUGUUUACAGAACGACCUGGUUUUAUUUGACGUGUAAAAAGCAAAGAGGAAAAAAAAAGACAAGCAUCCACCUAGUCGUGUUGGCCGCCAACAUGGGAGUGGGCUGGUGGUGAAGGCAGAAGCCAGAAGACUGACAAAAGAAAAUGGAGCAACGUCUUGUCCCUGGAAUAUCUCCCCUGUUGCCAUGGGGCCUGAUUUUUUGCGAGCAUCCGCUGUUUCCAGUGGCUACGUUUUCACUCACAACCAUUGUGUAUGCCUCACUACAUUAGAAAAGGGAGCCUGGCUGCCGGCCUCACUGCCCUGCAUCCGCUUUGGGGAGGGGAGUAGGAAUCUGAACUCAAGUCCUGGGGCCACCCCCUGGGUCUUGGUCCCAAGUUCCACCCUUGCCAUUGGACCCAAGUUUCACUUCAUGGCCAUGGUUCUGAGAGGAUUUGGGAUGAAGGGUCUAUUUAGUGGAAACCUAGUUAAGUGGGAGCUCAGACCUAGUGCUGCUUUCUGGGUGGAGAGGUGAGGGGGGCUGGGGAAUGGAGCCUUAGGGGUUGGCCAUGAUCCUUCCAUUGACAAAAGGCAGCCUGCUUGCUUCCUAUUUGAGGCUGUGUGAAUGCCCUCCACGAUCAGAUUUAUUUUAGCACAGCCCCAGAGUGUAUUCUAGAAAUGAAUCUUGCAUAUGUUCUAGUCAUGGUGAAUGAUGGGGACAUCUUUGUGCCAAGAAGUGGAAAUAGGCGUGUCCUGCCUCAGGAGAAGGUCUAGGGGGUACUUGGGGAGUCCAGGCUCGUUUUCAAGAAGUACGUUCCAAGGCUGUGUAAGAACUAAUAGGAGAGGAGUGAGGAAGACAGGUGUAAAAUGGAUAUCUAAGACAUCACCUCUUUUGUCAAUCUGCAGCCAAGAAUUAGAAGGCUAAAAGAGGGAAAAAAACCCCAAUAUUUUUAAGGUGUUUGUGUGCUUUUUCAUCAUGCACACAGACACCUGUGCUUUCUCUUCCUAUGUGGUUAGGUACCUUUGUUCUCACGUGCCCUUGCAUCUCUCCCUGCCAAAAAAUGAAAAGAAAGAAAAGGAAAGAAGAGAACCUGGCAGGAGAGGUGAUGCUCAAAUCUCCAGGCUACAUCUCCUGCUCUAUUUGCAUGUGUCCGUGGUCAGGCCAGCACCUCAUGUGGCAGGAGACCAUCGGGCAGCUUUCUCCCUCCCCACAGCCAGCCUUAAGUCCCUGUGUUUGUGGAUUUUCAGCCCCCUCCGUAGGUAUGAUAAGGGCAUCAAUAAAGAUGGAAGCUUCCAAGAUGUCCUCAAAGUC